GUCUGCGUUAUGCAAGCAGGCCCUAUCCCUAUCACUCAAAUGCAAAGACGUGCCUUCCUGCAGAUCCAAACAAAAACUUGCAAACAUUGCAUGACUGGCAUAACAGCUAUUACCAAUUCACUGGAGCAACCUUUUUCGUAAGGGUUGCACUUUAUCCUCGACGCCCAUUCGCCAGGCCGGGGUACCGACUGCUGCUCCGCCCCCCACCGGGUGCAUAGCCUCGGACCCGGACCGCACUGCCCUACAAACGGACCCCUUUCUCCGGAUCACCUCCUCCAGCUCCACGAUGGCCUGUCUCUCUUGUGGACCGGGAUACAAGACACCCCUGGACGCCAUGAAGGGACCCAGGGAGCAGAUCGUCUACCUGCCCUGUAUCUACCGCAACACGGAGUUCAUGAAGCCAGACUACCUGGCCACCGUGGACGUGGACCCCAAGUCCCCCACCUACUGCCAGGUGAUCCACCGGCUGGAGGUGCCUAACCUCCGUGACGAGCUGCACCACUCCGGCUGGAACGCAUGCAGCAGUUGCCAUGGCGACGCCACCAAGAGCCGCAGCCUCCUCAUCCUCCCGGCGCUCAUCUCCUCCCGCAUCUACGUGGUCGACGUGGCGACGGACCCCCGGGCACCACGCAUGCACAAGAUCGUGGAGCCCACGGAGCUGAUGUGGAAGUGUGGUCUGGCGAACCCUCACACCAGCCACUGCCUGGGCAACGGGCAGAUCAUGAUCGGCUGCAUCGGAGACCCGUCUGGGAACGGCAAAGGUGGGUUUGCCCUGCUGGACGGGGAGUCCUUCGAGGUACUGGGGAACUGGGAGAAGCCGGGCGACGCCACGGCCUUUGGCUACGACUUCUGGUACCAACCGCGGCACAACGUGAUGAUCAGCACCGAGUGGGGUGCCCCCAAGGCCCUGGCCAAGGGCUUCGACAUGCAGCACGUCAAGGCAGGCCUCUAUGGGACCAGCAUCCACGUGUGGGACUGGAGCAGCCACGAGAAGCUGCAGAGCAUCGACCUGGGCAUGGAGGGCGCCGUGCCGCUGGAGGUCCGCUUCCUCCACGAGCCCAGCGCCGCCGAGGGCUACGUGGGCUGCGCCCUGGGCUCCACCGUCUACCGCUUCUUCAGGACCAAGAAGGGAGACUGGACCACAGAGCUGGUGAUCAAGGUUCCCAGUAAGAAGGUGGAGGGCUGGGCGAUGCCGGAGAUGCCAAGUCUCAUCACGGACAUCCUCAUCUCCCUGGACGACCGCUACCUGUACUUCAGCAACUGGCUGCACGGAGACAUCAGGCAGUAUGACAUCACCGACAGGAGCAAGCCGCGAUUGGUCGGCCAGGCGUUCCUGGGGGGCAGCAUCCAGAGCGACGGGGCCGUGCGGGUGCUGGAGGACCCCGAGGACCGGGAGCAGCCCCCCCCCUGCGUCAUCAAGGGUAAGCGCGUCCAGGGGUCUCCCCAGAUGCUGCAGCUGAGCCUGGACGGUAGGCGGCUGUACGUCACCACGUCUCUCUACAGCGCCUGGGACAAGCAGUUCUACCCCGACAUGCUCAAGGAGGGCUCUGUGAUGAUGCAGCUGGACGUGGACAACGUCAACGGGGGGAUCGUCCUCAACAAGGACUUCCUGGUGGACUUCGGGAAGGAGCCCCACGGCCCGGUGCUGGCCCACGAGCUGCGCUACCCCGGGGGCGACUGCACCUCCGACAUCUGGCUGUAGGACCCCCACAUCUGGCUCUAGACCCCCACAUCUGGCUGUAGACCCCCCACAUCUGGCUGGCUCUAGACCCCCACAUCUGGCUGUAGACCCCCCACAUCUGGCUGUAGACCCUCCCACAUCUGGCUGUAGACCCCCACAUCUGGCUGUAGACCCCCACAUCUGGCUGGCUGUAGACCCCCACAUCUGGCUCUAGACCCCCCACAUCUGGCUGGCUCUAGACCCCCACAUCUGGCUCUAGACCCCCCACAUCUGGCUGUAGACCCCCCACAUCUGGCUGGCUCUAGACCCCCACAUCUGGCUCUAGACCCCCACAUCUGGCUGUAGACCCCCCACAUCUGGCUCUAGACCCCCCACAUCUGGCUGUAGACCCCCACAUCUGGGUGGCUCUAGACCCCCACAUCUGGCUCUAGACCCCCCACAUCUGGGUGGCUCUAGACCCCCACAUCUGGCUGUAGACCCCCCACAUUUGGGUGGCUCUAGACCCCCACAUCUGGCUCUAGACCCCCCACAUCUGGCUGGCUGUAGACCCCCCCCCCCACAUCUGGCUGGCUGUAGACCCCCCCCCCACAUCUGGCUGUAGACCUCCCACAUCUGGGUGGCAGUAGACCUCCCCCACAUCUGGCUGGCUCUAGACCCCCCACAUCUGGCUGUAGACCCCCCACAUCUGGCUGGCUCUAGACCCCUUACGCCCGGCCUUAGCUCUAGACGCAGCCCCUCUCCUCUAGCUGUGGACUGAACCUACUAUCCCCAGUCCAGGGGCCCGGGACCGACUCGGGGCCCUCCAUCUCUCACAGGCAUGCCUUCAGGCACGCACACACAAACUGGGGCGCACGCACGCACUCACUCGGGUGCGUGCGCACACACCCACGCUUGCACGCGCGCACACACACACACAAAAACAAACUAGCAAAUAAAUAAACGCUCAUACAGAGUCGGACGCACACAAACACACAGACAGAGAGAGACGGACACAGACAUACACACAGACAUACACACACACACACACACACACACACACACACACACACACACACACACACACACACACACACACACACACACACACACACACACAUUGGUCUUACUGUAUAAAUCAUGUUAGUUUAUAUAGGUUACUAAAAUCCAGUAAUGCUUAACACAUGGUAAUCUUGAUCGACAGCACAUGCUGCAGUAGAAGAAUGCAGUCUGAAUGGAGCUGGGGGGGUUCGUGGUAGUUCAUCCUCUCAUCUUGUGGUUUGUGAUUCACUUUGAUUGUCCGGCCCAGGGGUUAGUGUUCCCUGGGGUCGUCCCCAGGUCAAAGUAGGCUUUAGAACGUAUACCAGAAAUACUAUGAUACCUUCAAGGAAAUUAAUAAUAAAAAAAACCGUCCUUUUAUAACACGAAAACAUUCAACAAAUGGUACUGUGAAUGUUGUUUAACAGAGCCUGUUGCCAUGGUUUUCCACUUUUACCUGGCCUCAAUCGUUUCUGAACGCUGGUAAAUGAUUCCUGGUAAUGAAUUGAACAUUCCAACACUCUGACGAUAAAUCAGAGAUAUCACUAACAUGGGUUAUGUUAUUAACAUGAGUAUAGAUUCUGAUUCAGCACUUUACUGUUAUGACACUUAUGCCGACCCUCCCCACCAAGUCUUAAAUAAACACUUGUAUAUCAUG